AUAUAUCUGCAGACUCACCACAUUGUUGCAACAGGCAUAAGUCACCAUUAAAGAAGAGAAUUUCCUCCUUCUUCUCUCCUCCUUUUUUUCCCCUUUCCUCUCUGUAAAAUCCUUCUGUCUUUCAAAUUUUUUGUUCUUCUGAAUCUCUUUGCUGUUGUAGUCUUGCAUAUACAAUCUGCAGUUUUCUCAAAUCCUUUGUGAGAAGAACUGAUGAAAGAAAUUGAACCUUUUCUGCGUUCUUGGCAGUCCAUAUCAUCAUUAUCUUCUUCUUCUUGGUCAUCUGGUAUGAGUUUUAACCAAACAGGACCGAUUGGGCUAAACCAACUAACUCCAUCACAGAUCCUUCAAAUCCAGCUUCAAUACUACCAAUUAGCGUCUCCAUUAUCAUCCUAUUUGGGUGCUAAACCAGUGGCGAUGAAGCAGGCGGGGACGCCAUUGAAGCUGCAGGCGAAGCUUUACCGGGGAGUGCGGCAGCGGCAUUGGGGAAAAUGGGUUGCAGAAAUCAGACUUCCCAAGAACCGAUCCAGGCUCUGGCUGGGAACCUUCGACACCGCCGAAGAAGCUGCCAUGGCUUACGACAAGGCGGCGUAUAAACUCAGGGGAGAAUACGCCACCCUGAAUUUCCCCAAUCUCCGGCUGCACUUUUCCCACAACUUCAACCCCCUCCCAUCCUCCGUUGAAGCCAAACUGGACGCCAUUAUUUCCCAGAACCAGGCCAAAACUGGGCAGCCUUGUUUCUUCACCAUGAAAACAGAACCCGCUUCCAGUGGUGGAGAUACCGGAUGCGGGCGUAACCAGAAAGAAACAGAGCCCGUUUCUUAUCAUGGUGGGGAUAUCGAAUGCAGCUAUAACCAGAAAGAAACAGAACCCGCUUCUUACAGUGGAUGCCGCUAUAAUCAGAAAGAAGCAAAACCGGCUUCUUACAGUAAUGGGGAUACCGGGUGCCACUGUAACCGGAAAGAAACAGAAUCCGCUUCUUAUAGUGGUGGGGAUACCGGGUGCCACUAUAACCAGAAAGAAACAAAACCCGCUUCUUACAGUGGUGGAGGUAUGGGAUGCCGCUAUAACCAAAAAGAAACAGAAAUCACUUCUUACAGUGGUGGGGAUAUGGGAUGCUAUAAUCAGACAGAAACAGGACCCGCUUCUUAUAGUGGUGGGGAUGCCGAAUGCUAUAUUAAAAAAGAAACCAAAGUUUGUUAUGGUGGUGGGGAUAACGGAUGUUACACUCAGAAAGAAACAGAAGCUUCUUACGGUGGUGAGUAUACUGAAUACUAUACUCGGAACGAAACAGAAUUAACGUUUCAUAGUGGUGAGAAUAUCGGAUGCUAUACUCAAAAAGAAAUUGGAAUUUCUUAUAGUGGUGAGGAUAUCGAAGCGGCUUCAUCUGAUCAACUGUCAUCAUCUUCACCGGAGUCCGAAAUCACGAUCUUGGAUUUCCUGGAGCCGUGUGAUGAAUUCGAGAAUUUCAUAUUGCAGAAACAUCCGUACGUUGAGAUCCACGACUGGGAAGCGCUGUGAUUACAUACACUAUGUAUAAUCAUUUUCAAGUAAUUAAUGUUUAGUGUUCUUAAUCUGUAGUCCAUGAUUGAUUAGGUUAUGAGUAUGAAGAGAGGAUCCGAUCUGCAAUGAGAUUUUUAACAUCUGCAGAGAUCCAAUCCAUACAUCUAUAGUACUUAAUGUUGUUCAUAGUAUGUUGAUUUUCCACAUGCAAAGGCACUCAAUUUCAAUCAAGAGUAACCAUUGUAUAUGAACUAAAUUUAACCUCUGGAAAAUAUUGACUUUGUGCUUCA